UGUACUGUUUGCUGCUUGGCAACGAACGACGGGUUUUCGUGUGGCUAAGAAAUUUUCACAAGUCUUAUUUUAAUAGUGAAGUACAUUUUUAAUUUAUUGUUUCAACCAAUUAAAUGUGUUAAUAGUUAAGUGCUUGUUGCAAAAACGUGCAGUAAAAAUCUACAAGAGCCACAACCCCAUAUAAAUAUAAAGUUCGGCGGCGGCGUCUACUGUGUGUGCACAAGUUUUGCAGUCGCUGCCGCGCGUUGUUUUAAUUCGAGCGAUUAUCAACUUCUCAAUACCAACUCCGAAGCACGUGCAUCAUAGGAGCAGCAACAUGGAGAACGGUAAAGGCGCCAUGUCCAUCGAGCAGAUGUAUCAGAAAAAAUCGCAAUUGGAGCACAUCUUGUUGCGUCCAGAUUCGUACAUUGGCUCGGUGGAAUUUACAAAGGAGUUAAUGUGGGUACACGAUGCAGAAAAGAAUCGCAUGGUACAACGUGAGAUAUCAUUUGUCCCGGGUCUCUAUAAAAUCUUCGAUGAGAUACUCGUGAAUGCGGCUGAUAACAAGCAACGUGACAAGUCUAUGAAUACGAUUAAAGUUGAUAUCGAUCCUGAGCGGAACAUUGUAUCCAUUUGGAAUAAUGGACAGGGAAUACCCGUAACUAUGCAUAAGGAAGAGAAUAUGUAUGUGCCCACAAUGAUUUUUGGUCAUCUGCUGACUUCAUCCAACUACAACGAUGAUGAGAAGAAAGUCACAGGUGGUAGAAAUGGCUACGGUGCCAAAUUGUGCAACAUUUUCUCAAGCAGUUUUACUGUGGAGACGGCAACAAAGCAAUACAAAAAGAGUUUCAAGCAGACCUGGGGUAACAACAUGAGCAAAGCUGGCGACCCAAUUAUUAAGGACUUCAAUGGCAGCGACUACACACGAAUCACCUUCAGUCCAGAUCUAUCGAAAUUUAAAAUGGAAUCUUUGGAUAGUGAUAUUGUUGCGCUAAUGUCGCGUCGUGCUUAUGAUAUAGCCGCUUCCACAAAGGGAGUGUCUGUCUUCUUGAAUGGUACUAAGGUUCCCGUUCGUGGGUUUAAAGAAUACAUUGAUUUGUUUGUCAAGAAUACCGAUGACGAUGCUGGCCAGCCCAUCAAAGUGGUUUACGAGGCAUGUGGCGAACGAUGGGAAGUUGCUUGCUGCCCUUCAGACCGUGGCUUUCAACAGGUGUCGUUUGUUAAUUCAAUAGCAACUACAAAGGGCGGUCGCCACGUCGAUCAUGUGGUUGAUAAUGUCAUCAAGCAGCUAAUUGAAGUGCUCAAGAAGAAGAACAAGAAUGGCAUCAGUAUAAAACCAUUUCAAGUACGCAACCAUUUGUGGAUAUUUGUGAACUGCUUGAUCGAGAAUCCCACAUUCGACUCGCAGACCAAAGAGAAUAUGACACUGCAAGCCAAAAGCUUUGGCUCGAAAUGUACAUUCUCGGAAAAGUUCAUUGCCAAUGUCGCGAAGGCGGGCAUUGUGGAGUCGGUAUUGGCAUGGGCCAAGUUUAAGGCCCAAAAUGAUAUUGCCAAAACGGGUGGCAAGAAAUCCCAUAAGAUCAAGGGCAUACCGAAAUUAGAAGACGCCAACGAGGCAGGUACCAAGAACUCUAUUAAUUGCACACUCAUCCUCACCGAGGGUGACUCAGCCAAAUCUUUGGCCGUGUCUGGGUUAGGUGUGAUUGGACGUAAUUACUACGGCGUCUUUCCAUUACGUGGUAAGCUGCUGAAUGUGCGAGAAGCUACCUUUAAGCAGCUCACAGAAAAUGCUGAGAUCAAUAAUCUUUGCAAGAUUAUUGGCUUGCAGUAUAAGAAGAAAUAUUUGACCAUGGAUGAUCUGAAGACGUUGCGCUACGGCAAAGUUAUGAUCAUGACGGAUCAGGAUCAGGAUGGCUCCCAUAUUAAGGGCCUACUAAUCAAUUUCAUUCACACUAAUUGGCCGGAAUUAUUGCGCUUGCCCUUCCUCGAAGAGUUCAUAACUCCCAUUGUGAAGGCAACGAAAAAGAACGAAGAAAUUUCAUUUUAUUCACUGCCUGAAUUCGAGGAAUGGAAGAUGGAUACGCCCAAUCAUCAUACGUACAAUAUCAAGUACUAUAAGGGUCUGGGUACUUCGACCUCUAAAGAGGCUAAAGAAUACUUCCAGGAUAUGGAACGCCAUAGGAUUCUGUUUAAAUAUGAUGGUCAAGUGGACGAUGAUAACAUUGUAAUGGCCUUUGCCAAGAAGCAUGUGGAGUCUCGCAAAACCUGGCUCACCAAUCACAUGGACGAAGUGAAGCGUCGUAAGCAAUUGGGUCUGCCAGAGCGUUAUCUCUACACCAAGGGCACCAAGCAUGUCAGCUACUCAGACUUUAUCAACCUGGAGCUGGUACUGUUCUCCAAUGCGGAUAAUGAACGCUCUAUUCCUAGCCUAGUGGAUGGCCUAAAGCCUGGUCAGCGUAAGGUGAUGUUUACUUGCUUCAAGCGUAACGACAAGAGGGAGGUAAAAGUGGCUCAGCUAUCCGGCUCGGUGGCGGAAAUGUCAGCAUACCAUCACGGCGAGAUGUCCCUGCAGAUGACUAUAGUAAAUUUGGCACAGAAUUUUGUCGGAUCGAACAAUAUAAAUUUGCUAGAACCUCGCGGUCAGUUCGGCACACGUUUAACCGGUGGUAAAGAUUGUGCAAGCGCUCGUUACAUCUUCACAUUGAUGUCGCCUCUUACAAGACUUAUAUAUCACCCAUUGGAUGAUCCCUUGCUGCAGUAUCAGGUGGACGACGGCCAGCGCAUUGAACCCUUGUGGUAUAUACCUAUUAUUCCUAUGGUCUUGGUGAAUGGCGCCGAGGGCAUUGGCACUGGUUGGUCCACGAAAAUUGCAAAUUACAACCCACGUGAUAUGAUCACGAACUUGCGUCGCAUGAUUAACAAUGAGGAGCCGUUGCCCUUACAUCCGUGGUACAAGAAUUUUACGGGUACCAUGGAAUAUGUGUCCGACGGACGUUAUGUGCACUCGGGUAAUGUACAAAUCCUGCCUGACAAUCGCAUUGAGAUCACAGAGUUGCCAAUUGGGGUUUGGACACAAAACUACAAGGAGAACGUCCUAGAGGUUCUCUCCAACGGUACCGAAAAGGUUAAAGCGAUAAUAUCUGAUUAUCGUGAGUACCAUACGGACACAACAGUGCGAUUUGUAAUUAGUUUCGCACCAGGAGAAUUUGAGCGUCUUCGGAGCGAAGAAGGAGGCUUCCACCGCGUUUUGAAGUUGAGCUCGUCAAUAUCCACAAAUCAGAUGCACGCGUUCGAUGAAAAUAAUUGUUUACGUCGCUUUCCGACGCCAAAGGACAUAUUGCUGGAGUUUUAUAAGCUGCGCUUGGAAUAUUAUAAUAGGCGUAAGGAUUACCUGGUGGGUCAGCUGACCGCUCAAGCAGAUCGGUUGAGCGAUCAGGCACGCUUCAUAUUGGAGAAGUGCGAGAAGAAGCUGGUGAUUGAAAAUAAACAGCGCAAAAUGAUGAUCGACGAGCUGAUUAAGCGUGGCUAUCGUCCGGAUCCCGUCAAGGAAUGGCAGCGACGCAUCAAAAUGGAAGACGUCGAGGCGGCUGAAGACGACGAUGAGGAGGAAGAGAGCGCAGUUGGUACUACCAGCAAAAAAAUUAAAAAAGAAGUGGAUCCCGAGAAAGCAUUCCAGAAGCUAACAGAAGUCAAGAAAUUUGAUUAUCUGCUGGGCAUGUCCAUGUGGAUGUUGACCGAAGAGCGUAAGAAUGAGCUGCUCAAGCAACGCGAUCUCAAGAUAGCAGAACUAGAUAAUCUGAUGAAAAAGACGCCUAGCCAUCUGUGGCUGGAUGAUCUCGACAAUCUCGAACAAAAACUCACCGAAGUCGAAGAGAAGGAGAGAUUAGAGGAGCAAGGCAUUAAUCUCAAACAAGCCAAGGCUAUGAAGGGUCAAAAGCCGGCGGCAGGUCGUGCCAAGAAGGGUGGCAAAUCAGCAGGCAACGCGGACAUCUUUCCCGAUCCAAUUGGCGAGCGCGUCGCAUUCAAAGUCACCGAUGAAAUUAUUAAGAAAUUCCAAGCAGCUACAAAUACGGCCGUCAAGACAAAAGAGAGGAUGACCAAAGCUAAGGCUAUUAAGAAGGAGGAAACAACGGCCGACAAAGAGGUGGACGAUUUUGAUUUGCUCGUCGAGGGCGGGGCCCCAAAAACCUCGCCAAAGGCCAAAAAAGCUCCUAAAAAGGAACCCGCCGAGAAGAAGCCGAAGAAGCAGAACGGCGAUGGGCUCAAGCAGGGUAAACUGGACUUUAGCAAGGGCAAGAAAAAGGAAUCUCUCGACAGCUCUGGUGAACUGGCCGAAGAGGUUCCUCGUGUAGAGCGUCCAGGUCGCCGUGCAGCCAGCAAGAAGAUCAACUACUCCUUCCUCAUUUCCGAUGAAGAGGGCGAGGAGCACGAUGAAACCAACAACGAUAACGACGAUGAUAUGGAUGAUUCGCCCAUCAAACGUCCCGCGGCUAAACGUCAACGAGAAGAUGACAGCAGUGGAGGAGCCAAGAAAAAGGCUGCGGCCAAAAAGGCACGCGCUUUGGAUAGCGAGAGCAGCGACGAUGAUGUUGUUGGUGUGGACGAUGACGAUGAUUCCGAUUUCGAAGCAUAAGCCAUUAUAUAUAUAUAUAUAUAUAUAUAUAUAUAUAUAUAUAUAAAAGCUUAAGUGUUACUGCUCUUAAGUAGCCGCUCGCAGAUCUACUCCUGGUAUCUUGUUACAAAUAUCUUACCAAAAA